GGAGCCAGUCUAUCCUAUAAGCGCGCUUACAGCCAACCUGCUAACAUUCGCUGACACCCUCACGUUUCAGAGCCGAAGGAAAUGGCCACGAGGACCGACGCAUCGAUAUAGUCUUUCUUAUUAGAUUUAUUUCAAAAGCUGUGCGUUGGAGGAAUAGAUUUCCUUCUGGAACUAAUAAUCUCUGUACACCGUAUUUAGACUACCUUGACAACCGGUCUCAGUGAUUGACAGCAGGACCGAUACAUGCGAGUUGUUGAUGCGCUUAAAAAACUUUUAUGAACCCAAGGUUCGACUUGGUCUUAUCCGUUAUGGUGAUUUUUCAAUUUAGGCUAUUGAAAUAUUUUUUUUCUUGUUGAAAAAUACACAUCUUCACCUUGCUGCGGGUUUCUUCUUUAUUGCCACUGCGGAUUACAAUUCUCAACUGGAUGUAAAAGGCAUCAACUUGAUACACCACCUUCUCUGCGGACUGACACAUUCCCUGUGUCUUCCCUUUUUAUCUCCAAGACAGGCGCAUGUCGAUGGCGCAAAGGUACGAUGAGCUGUCCCACUAUGGUGUUGGGAUGGACGGAGUUGGACUCCCGGCGUCCAUGUAUGGAGACCCGCAUGCUCCCCGGCCGCUUCCGCAAGUCCACCACUUUAACCAUGGUUCGACUGCACAUCCAAACCAGCACUAUGGAUCCCACGCACCCCACAACAUCAUGCCCAGCAUGGGCAGCGUGGUGAACGACGCAUUAAAAAGAGACAAAGAUCAAAUCUAUGGUCACCCGUUGUUCCCUCUGCUCGCCUUGGUGUUUGAGAAGUGUGAGUUGGCGACCUGCACGCCCAGGGAACCUGGAGUAGCGGGUGGCGAUGUCUGCUCCUCAGACUCCUUCAACGAAGACAUCGCAGUCUUUGCAAAACAGAUACGGGCAGAAAAACCGUUAUUUUCAUCGAAUCAAGAGGUGGACAAUUUGAUGAUUCAAGCUAUUCAAGUAUUGCGAUUUCAUCUUUUAGAAUUAGAGAAGGUGCACGAGCUCUGCGACAACUUCUGCCAUCGGUACAUCAGUUGUUUGAAAGGCAAAAUGCCCAUCGACUUGGUCAUAGACGAUCGAGAUGGCUGCAAAUCUGACUUAGAUGACCUGACGGAAUCUUCCACAAAUCUAGCAGAUCACAACCCAGCGUCCUGGAGAGACCUGGAUGACGCCCACUCCACGCCCUCCGUGGGCACCCCGGGGCCCUCCAGCGGGGGCCACAUCUCCCAGAGUGGGGACAACAGCAGCGAACUCGGAGAUGGCCUCGACAACAGUCUGGCGUCGCCGGGUACAGGAGACGAGGAUGACCUGGACAAGAAGAGACAGAAGAAGAGAGGUAUCUUCCCCAAAGUGGCCACCAAUAUAAUGCGAGCGUGGCUCUUCCAGCACCUCACGCACCCCUACCCUUCAGAGGAACAGAAGAAGCAGCUAGCACAGGACACAGGCCUCACCAUCCUGCAAGUGAACAACUGGUUCAUCAACGCCAGGAGGAGAAUAGUACAGCCUAUGAUUGACCAGUCUAACAGAUCAGUGGGCCAGGGGACGGCAUACAGCCCUGAUGGGCAACCAAUGGGAGGCUUUGUCCUCGACGGACAGCAACACCUGGGGAUUCGGCCUGGCGGACCAAUGGGUGGAAUGGGAAUGAAUAUGGGGAUGGAUGGUCAGUGGCACUACAUGUAAACCCUGUCCAACCGAGGCAAGCCUGAAGAAGAAGAUGGAGAAGCCUCCGUGGUUUGCUCAGGGAAAAUCCUGCCGCUUGGUUCCAAUGAGCGCGUGACUCCGCCCCAGUCACACCUGUACCUGUCAUCUGACCACGCCCACCUCACGUCCCCACUGGAGCAUAGAGGACCACACCCACAUCUGCACAAACGCCGCCCACAUUGACCUUUAAUAACCCCACGCCUGGAGGAAGACGAGGAUCUACUAAUAAACAACAACAAAAACAACAACAACAUUUGCAGACAACAAUCUUCCAAAACAAAAAAGACUUCUGUAUGAACAACGGAAGCUAAAAUGACCUCAACAACAUUUUGACACAUUUUUUGUUUUCUUUUUUAAAUUAUUUAUUUAUUUUUCUACAAUGGUGGACCAUAGGGACAAUAACUUUUUAGUCUUUGCCCGAGAUAUAUUGACACAGCCGGCACACACACACACUAACACACAUUCCCUCUCUCUCUCUCACACACACACACACACACACACACUAACACACAUUCCCUCUCUCUCUCUCUCACACACACACACACUAACACACAUUCCCUCUCUCUCUCUCUCUCUCACACACACACACACACACACACACACACACACACACACACACACACACUAACACACAUUCCCUCUCUCUCUCUCACACACACACACACACACACACACUAACACACAUUCCCUCUCUCUCUCUCACACACACACACACACACACACACACACUAACACACAUUCCCUCUCUCUCUCUCACACACACACACACACUAACACACAUUCCCUCUCUCUCUCACACACACACACACACACUAACACACAUUCCCUCUCUCACACACACACACACACACACACUAACACACAUUCCCUCUCUCUCUCUCACACACACACGCACACACACUAACACACAUUCCCUCUCUCUCUCUCACACACACACACACACUAACACACAUUCCCUCUCUCUCUCACACACACACACACACACUAACACACAUUCCCUCUCUCACACACACACACACACACACACACACACUAACACACAUUCCCUCUCUCUCUCUCACACACACACACACACACACUAACACACAUUCCCUCUCUCUCUCACACACACACACACACUAACACACAUUCCCUCUCUCUCUCUCACACACACACACACACACACACUAACACACAUUCCCUCUCUCUCUCACACACACUAACACACAUUCCCUCUCUCUCUCUCACACACACACACACACACACUAACACACAUUCCCUCUCUCUCUCUCACACACACACACUAACACACAUUCCCUCUCUCUCUCUCACACACACACACACACACACACACACACACACACACACACUAACACACAUUCCCUCUCUCUCUCACACACACACACACACACACACACACACACACUCAAACAAAUACACACACUUCAUCUUAUGAACACACCAUUUGAAAACAACCACUGUGGAAUAUCUAAAAAGAUUAUGAAGCGUUUUAAUAACUGUUGUGGUGUAUAGACUUGUGCUUUUUCAUUUGACUCUUUUAUCCAUGUUUGCGCUUUGUGAUCAUUAGUUUAUGGAGUGAGAGUUUAUCACUAAUCCUGUGUGCUGUGGAACAGAGAGAAAGAGAGAAAGAGAGAGAUUGCCUCAGAGUCUGCAGCCUGGAGCUUGUCUCAGAUACUGCAGACGGAAGCC